AUGCCGAGCCACCUUCUUGCCAGCUGCCUUCUGCUGGCUUUCAGCCUGAACAUGAGCCUCGCGGCCAUUCACAAGCGCAGUGGUGCCAACUCGCUGGGAGUGGAUCCCGAGCCCAAGCCGAAGGCCAAUCCUGCGGCCAGUGUGGAGAACACGGACCUCCUCGACAAGCUCAGCUGGAAGUGCGCCAACAACGCGAGCUGUCUGUACGGCGUGGCCAACAGCAUGUUGGCCUCCUACCGCCGCGGCGAGACCCUCAAGCUGGGCCUCUUCGACCUGGUCAAGUUGCCCGCGGUGGAGUCCUCGCGGAAGCACAAGUGGGGAUCUGGCCGAGGCCUCUCCACCUUCAUGGACUUCGUCACGGGGAACGUCAUCAGGGUGCCCGUGGGUCCCAUGGUCUUUAGUGUUCAGCGCGCCGAGGACGACAGCGAUUACAUCGAGGUGGCGCUGUUGAAGAAGGCCUCCAGCGGAACAGGUCGCCUGCAGGGUAAUGGAGGCGGAGGAGGAGGAGGAGGACUGCUGGGCGGCGGAGGAGGCUUGGGUGGCAACGGCAACGGAGGAGGUUUGAUGGGCGGCGGCAACGGCGACAACGGGGGAGGAGGCGGACCCCUCGGCGGACGGAGGCGCCACCAGCACCAGGACAAGAAGCAGUUCCAGAUGUUCAUUCCCAUGUACCUCGCCGCCACGACUUUCGGCUGGACGAUGGUGGCCGCCAAGGCGGUGGGACUCCUCACCCUCAAGGCGCUGAUCCUCUCCAAGAUCGCCUUCGUGGUGGCCGCCAUUGUGCUGAUCAGGAGGCUCAUGGAGAACGCGACGAGCGAAAAGAUGAUGUACCAGUUCCCCGAGCAGACGCCCUACAUGAUGCCCUACGGAAUGGACUACCCCCUUCAUGGAGCGGAGAUUUCUCCUGAAAUGUACCCGGCAUCGCUGCACCACCUGGCGAUGGCCGGCGGGGGCCAGCUGCCAGUGCACCCCGGACAUCCGGGACUGGAGAGCCUGAGUGCCGAGAGCCACCUGCACUCCGCCCAGGUGGCGAGCGACGGGAGCAACAACACACAGGUGCUGGCCGCCCUCGGAGGACUCGGCGCCCUGGGACACAAGAUCAAACGUGAGGACGCCUGGAUGGCGAAGAGUAAGUCCACCCCCGCCCGACGACCCCUGAUCUACAACUACGUGCAGCCCCACAUGCCGUUCUACCGCUCCUGAGGCGGCGAUUAGCCAAUUAGCAGCUACCAAAGACGCCGUGAGUGGAAGGAGUAGAA